AUUGACAAUUUCAGCAGGUUUUAACGGUCCCGCUACCCUGGAAACAAUGAUCAGUGCUUACCUGCAGUUCAUCGCGUGUACUCCAGUUGGCGUAGCGUUGCAACAGUAUGGGUCAUGAACCGACUGUCGUGCAACCUCCCUAUAUGAUCAUCCCACAGCCACCUGUUAUCCAAAGAAUGAAAUCCUAGCCUGCCCAGCCUCUCCCUAUAGUUCACAAGUUAUAGUAGAAUUAGGCCAUUUGCCCCGUCGAGUCCACUCCGCCAUUCAAUCAUGGCUGAUCUCUGCCUCCUAAUCCCAUUUCCUGCCUUCACCCCAUACCCUGUACACCCGUUCUAAUUAAGAAUUUGUCUUCACUAACAUUUUGUACAACUGUAACAUAAUUUCACAACUUCUGUAUUCAACUCGGACUGAUGAAGGGCAUUGUAUCAAAAGUCAUCUUUACUACCCUAUCAACCCGUGGUGCCACUUUUGGGGAACUAUGUACUUGUCAACUUAGAUCACUGCUCUACAACAUUCCCCAGGGAUCUGCCAUUCACUGUGAAUGUCCUGCCCUCAUUUGACUUCCCAAAAUGCAACAUCUUGUACUUACCUGCAUUAAACUCUAUGAGCCGAUCCUCAGCACAAAUGCACGACUGAUCACAAUUUGCUGUGAUUUUUGAUAACCAGUUGGCAGUUGCAGGUUCAGGGAAUGAUAAUGCGAAAACAGUGCGGUGCUGACUCAAGUUCAAAUUUGACUGAUAUCUGGCACUGCAAUUACUGAAUGACCAGGCCAUCUCAUAUCAAGGAAUGAUAAUCUCUGCCAACUUGACCAAGGCACCAAGUUCUGUUUUUAUUGAUUUAUUCUUCCGGGAGCAAUGGUGAAGUACUACUUGUGUCUGAAUGACCUGAAGAAUUCAUGGGACCAAGUAUUGGCUGCUUUCUGGCAGCGCUACCCAAACCCAUACAGCAAACAUGUACUUACAGAGGAUGUCAUCCACCGCGAAGUAACACUUGACAGGGUGAUUUCCCGACGACUACUCACCAAGACAAGCAUAGUCCCUCGGUGGGCAGAGCGAUUAUUUCCCACUAAUGUUGCCCACUCAGCCUUCGUUCUAGAAGAUUCAGUAGUUGAUUUAAAACACAAAACUCUGACUACAUUUACCUGGAACAUCAAUCAUUCACGGCUUAUGGUCGUACAGGAGUGUUGCAUAUAUAGAUUACAUCCUGAGAAUUUGAACUGGACUCAAAUUAAACGUGAAGCCUGGAUUUCUUCAAACUUUUAUGGCGUCUCACGAGCUAUUCAGGAAUGCGGCCUUGCCAGUUUUAAGAACAGCAUAACUAAAACUAUGAAAGGUUUUGAAUACAUUCUGGCUAGAAUGCACGGUGAAACACCAAUGAAAACAUUGAGAGAGACUGCGAAAGAAGUAACCGAGAAGGCUAAGGAAACUGCGCUGGCAGCUACAGAGAAAGCAAAGAAUCUUGCCAGCAAAGCAGGACCACAGAAAAAAACCCAAUAUGUUUAAGGCUUUGUUUUUUUACCCUCUAUUGUGUGUGAAAACACAAGCUCAAUCAGUGCAGUUUGGCAUAUCGAGCAGUCGCAACCAUCAAUGUACCGGUAAUUUCACGGAGAUAUUUGCAGAAAUUUAGUCAAUCAGUCCAACAGAUUUAGUAGAAUGAAUCCGAAAGAAGGCAUUAUACAACCAAUGUAAAGUAUUUAUCACUCAAUCUAAAAAAAAAUCCAAUUAAGUAAUUUUAAAUCAGCAACAUUUCAAAUUGAAGAUAGUUCAAGAUAUUUUGAAGUAUUCUAAAUUAAGGCACUUUGUCUGGUCUUUGGACAAGCUUUCCAAACAUGAUUUGUAGAAUUUUGUUUUAAAAGCUGCUGUGAAUUGGGUGGGGUGUAAAGGAAAGGGAAGAAUAAGAAAUAUUGUUUUGGAGAGUGAGAUAGAGGCAAAAAACUAUUAUGAUGCAAAACAAUUAAAUGCACAUCAUGUUCUUUAAGUAAUUGUUUCUGUUUGUUGAAUCUUAUGCAAAACUGGAGGAUGAUCUUUAGAUAAUUUUAACUCAAUUAUAAAGGGUUAGAGACUCAGGAGUGAAAAUGCAAUCAGAUCUGCCUCAAUGACCUUCCCUACCGAGAAACUAGCUAAUCUCUUCCUCAGGGCGACAAAAGAUUUGCACUUACAUUUCUGCUUGUCACCAAGGUUACUACUUUUGCUGUGUUCCAUUGGAGUCAUAAGGCGAUUCAGCACAGAAGUGGACCCUUAGACCCACCUUGUCCAUGCUAACCAAGUUGCUUUCUGGGCUGGUCCCAUUUGUUAGCAUUUGGGCCAUAUCCCUCUAAUCCCUUCCCUAUUUGUAUAUCUGUCCUUUGUGGUCAGCAUUGGGACAGAGGAAACGCUGGAUUCAUUGUGUUUAUGAGAGCAAGGCAAAAGUCUAUAAUACUCAAUCACAGAAAACGUCAGGAAAUAAUAAUCUGUAAGUUCCCUCAGUCUGUUUUGGGACCAGUAACAUUUUCAUUUAAUGCUAACCCUUUUGGUUUCCCUCUUUGUUUCCACGUAAAUAUUUAUUUUCAUGGACUAGAUGAUAGGUGUAUGAACUCAACAUAAAUAUCUCGUAACUUCAGUGCUUUAUCAUAGGGAAAAAUCUUUUAAAUGUGUUUAAGGCACACCAGAUUGCUGUGCCCUGCAACUCAGAAUUAAAAACCAACAGGAAUUGUGGCAUUUGCUCAUUAAAAAUACAACAUUCUUAUUUUGUCUCAUGCGUACUAUUAUAGGUUUACUGUAUGGUUCGGAUAUUAAUGGUACUUUAUUGUCACAUGAACUUGGGUACAGUGAGAUUUUUUUUUGUAUACAGUUCAGUAGCAAUCUUACUAUACAUUAGAUACAACCAUACAUAAGUACAAGCGUGAAAUAUAGUAGAUUACACUGAGGCAGUAUACAAUACAAUAAUACUUUCUUAGCCAAGUAUGUUUUGCAACAUACGAGGAAUUUCAUUUGCCAAGUUAGUCAUACAACUAAAAAGUAAUGGAACACACAAAAUACAUUUUAACAUAAACAUCCACCACAGUGACUCCUCCACAUUUAACUUUGCCAUAAAUGCACGUUGUCCAGUUGGCCGCACUGGAUUGGAGUUUCAGGGGGACAGGAUUUAACAUUACUGUAUGUUCUGCACACUAUUGGGAGAUGGGGGACGUUGUUUGCAAAUUUCCUGAGGCCAGUUUUGUUUCCAUCUCUUUUUGAAAUAUCCCAACAAUUCUACGCUGGAAGUCUCAUCCCAAAGCUAUGUUUACUGUUUUUAUAUUGUUUUGUUAGCCAGCAAUGUGAUCAGCAACUGUGAGGUUUUAAAACUUGAUAAAUACUGUACUGUCAACCACAUUUGCUAAAUGUAUCUGAAACAAAGUGUGUAAAUUAUGUGAAAAUGUUUACAUUGUUAAAAAUAGAUACUGUUGUAAAAAAUUGCAAUAAAGACAACUUGGCCAGAACUCCAUUACGCUUG